GGCGCCUUUGCUGCUUUGUGUGACCUCAUCAGUCGCCGUGUAACACAACGAGCAAGAAGCAUCAAUACACAGCCUCACGUUAAAUGGACCGAUAAACAUCGCCUUUAGAUGAUAAAUGUCUCUUAUGAGGUGAUGUUCAGCAGAUGUGACUGUCAUGGAAGCGGACAAGAUACCUAAAUUCUCCUCCAAGGAUGAGGAAAUCAACUUUUGGAAAACACUAUACGUCAAAUAUAAGACAAACUACCAAGAGGCUCAUGAGGAACUGCUAGAGUUCCAGGAGGGCAGCAGGGAACUGGAGGCCGAACUCGAAGCUCAGCUGGGUCAGGCCGAACAUCGCUUGAAGGACCUAAAGUCGGACAACGUCAGGCUGAAGAAUGACGUGGAAACCCUCAAAGAGCGAUUGGAGCAGCAGUCUUCUCAGAGCUAUAAGCAGAUUUCCGUGCUGGAGGACGAUCUCCUGCAGACGCGCAGCAUUAAAGAGCAGCUCCACAAAUACGUCCGAGAACUGGAACAGUCCAAUGACGACUUGGAGCGAGCCAAAAGAGCGACUAUUGUGUCUCUGGAGAACUUUGAGCAGCGUCUGAACCAGGCCAUCGAGAGGAAUGCCUUCCUCGAGAGCGAGCUGGACGAGAAGGAAUCACUACUCGAGUCUGUUCAGCGACUCAAAGAUGAAGCCAGAGACUUGCGUCAGGAGUUGGCCGUGCGCGAGCGUCAGGCGGACGUCAGCCGAACAUCGGCGCCUGGCUCGCCUGUGCACGAUGAUGUCAAGAUGGACUCACUGUCUCUCUCCACGCCUGCUACACCGCUGAGCAAAGGUCUGGACAAUGCCCUCCUUGCCAGCGUCGCGGGCGUCCCCACAAGCUACCCCAGUAACUCUCCGCUGACUCCUUCGGCGCGGAUAUCAGCUCUCAACAUUGUCAGCGAUCUACUGAGGAAAGUCGGGGUUUUAGAGGCCAAACUGGCCGCCUGCAGGAACCUGGCCAAGGAGCAGCAGGCAAGGAAGACUUGUGCUCUGGACAACGGCAACAUCCUCAACGCUAAUACGAGCACGUACUCACAGUCACUCCACAUCACCUAUUUGGACAAGGCCAGAGGGUCUGGCAACCUGGAUCCAGGGACCCUCGCGGCCAUCACGGUCCCUCCCACUGCCUCUUCCGCGCCCGUCACGGUAUGAACAACACAUUUACCACCCUUCCAGGAAAGGAUGUCAUGUGACUAAGUGGCGCUGACCUCACAGUGAACACCAAGAAGACAGUCAAGUGAUAUGCAAACACUUUCAAUCACUCAUCACGCAGCAAUAAGAAGUUAAAGAUUCAAAGCGAGUAUUGGCGUGCACGCACAAGUGUUCCCUGAAUAAUUGUCUCUGUUAUUUAUUGAUGUUAAAUGUUGAAAAUGUCGUGAAGGAAAGAAGAUAAAUCUUUUGCAGUUAAUUAGCUUUCCGUCACGCGUGUGACCAAAGAUGAAAAGGGCACCAUUCAGAUGUCUCAAUUUUGGUCACAUUGAUCGUUUACAUUCCAGUUUCAGGCAGCAAAAACACAUUUGAUGGUUAUUUCAGUGACCGAAAACAGUUCAAUAUUACAGAGGACAAAAAACAAAAAUAUAUGAAUGUGUCGUUAAUCAGAAUUACAAUGAUAAAAAGGCUGGAUGUUCGUGGAGAAAGGUAAAAAUAGUUUUUCAUGAUGUCAAUUUUCACAUGAAAUUGUUUUUUGUUUUUUUAACUUACCUAAAUUUAAUAAUUUAAACGUUGCCAACUGUUCCUAAAUACAGUAGUUAUUGUAGUCUUUAAAUGGUUUACAAAUCACAUAAAAAAUACAUUUUUCUCUUUAAAAAACAAAAAACAAAAAACGAUUUAUAUGACUAAAAUUGAACAUUUUUGUCAUUUUUUUCAGUCCGAAUGUGAUUUUUGUUAGUGGAAUAAUUGUGUAAUUUGCCGAGUUACAAAAUAUUUUUCUUUUGCAAAGUUAUGUUUUGAUCAUUUGGCAUAUGUAUUUAAUUCCAACGUUGAUUAAUGAUACAUUAAUAUAUACUUUUAAUCUGGGCUGUUUUAGUCCUCCUUUGGGAAAGCCGAGCACUUUUCAGUUGAUUUUAAUUUAUUAUUUCAUGUGCAAUAUCACCUCUGUGUCAAUGUUUGUACAUUUAAUUUAUUUCAAUAAAAUAAGACUCGAG